AUGGAGCAUUACACUCCGCGGGACCACGCCACAUCCAACGUGCUGGCGUGGACCACCACACACUCUGCCAACGUUGAACCAUCAAUGGAAGAAGACGCGGGCGCAGACGCAGACGAGCCACCCGACAAUCUUACCCCCAUGGCAUUCACGUCGACCCAGUUCCGCCGGACGCCCGUCCGGCGUGGCAGUGGACAUCAUGAAUCGCUGUUGACCAAGGCAUUGCAGAGCCACUCGGAGGACGAGACGUACGAGUCGGAAUCGUCCCAUCGACCUUGCCGAAGAAGGUCCAUUACAAGCAACACCAGUCACGCUUCAACCGCUGACCUUACAUGCGGCACUGCCAACACCACGCCGGCGCGCACCAACUCACCGAGUCCUCCUUUUCCUAAUAUCGGUUUCGCGCCCAUCUCUACGGCCACACCGGCUGGCGCUUUGCGUCACGGGGAGAUGGAGGUGCCUGCUGCGGCCAAGAAGCGCUGCAUCUCGUUUGCCUGCGCUGCUAAGCCGAGACUCGAGGAAAAGGUGUCGAUACUCCCACAACCCAAACCUGUUCAGGACGGGACAAAAGCAGAAGGAGCUCCGAAGAAGACGACCAUUAAGUUUGCCUGCUCGUCGCAGCCCCCGGAGGCAAAAGAUCCUCAGCAACCGGAACCACGCCCACGCACCCCUGUGGCGCGGGUUUCGCCCAACACGCCCAAGGUCUCGCCGGCCGGUGACAAAGCGCGCGCUGGGUCCACGAUCCGCCCGCCUCGCUCUCCGACGCUGCGCAGGACUCCCAGCAGCCCGGUUGUCCCUCGGAACAAGAAAUGGCUCACCGCGAACGCGGGGGUCCUGGAGAGUGAAAGUGCACGGUUCCACGAAUUUGCCAGCGAUGAGCAGCAGGAGGACGAUUGGAUCAAACACGACCAUUCCUCUGCGAAGCCCAAGCUCACAAUCGAUGACACGCUCAGACAAGAGAAUGCCAUUCGCAAGCUAGGCAAGGAAGCAGAAGAGGAGGCGGAGCUUGAAGAUGAAAUCGAUGAGGAGGAUGAUGAAGAGGUAGAUGACGGCGACCUUAUUGACGAGGAUGACGAAGAAGAGGAUGAGGAUAACGAAGAUGACGAGGACAAUGACGAGUUCGAUGAAGACGAAGACGAAGCCGAUGAGAAUGAGAACGAGGACGAUGAUGAGGACGAUGAUGACGAGGCUGGCCCGACGUGGGCAUCCGAGGCCUCAGACGGGUACAAGACGGAUAACGAGAUUGGGUUUGCCGAUUCGGAUGAUGAAGACGACGGUUUAAUCCUUUGGACAACUCGCAUCGGCCAGUAUCAUUCUCUAUCUGGUGCUAUGUCUCAAACGCGGAGGCUGUCACUGGGAGAGAAGUCGGAUGCUUCCACCGCUUCGGACAAUGGAUCGAGCCCGUCUCGGAGGAAGAGGAGAUCCAAGGUACGCCCGGUUCCCGUCCGUUCAGAGACGCCCGAGUUGCCCGACAGCACGGAUUUUGUCUGUGGCACGCUGGACGAGGAUAGACCUCUGGAGGAAGCGUACAUCUCGUGCGUGGAGGCCCGGAGGCGGGGCCGGCAUCAGCCUAUCCCCCAGGACAUCGACCCUAGUUUCCCCACUUCGGAACCGGAAGACGAAGUCGAUGAGCAGCCGCACCGGAAAGGUUAUGGCGAGAGCGAUGACCACCUGUGGUUGCAUGGCGAGCUGGAAGAUCUUGACCAAGACCGUGAUCGCCGAAGCCGCAAGAAGAAGGGCAGCGAGACAUCGCCUAGGCGGUGCCGUUCUCCACCGCCGAAAAGGCGCCCUUCGCCAGCCCCUAAAGCGCGCGGUCGUUCUCCACGCAAGCCAUCCAAUUUGCGGUCCCCCAGGCUGCGGUCCCCAGCACCUCUCCACAAGACAUCCAAAGCACCAUUCUUGUUCCCAACACACGAGGCCGAGGGCAUUGCUUUCAAGUCCCUGGCAUUCCGGCCCGGUCUGACACACACCAAGUCGUUGCCUAGAGCGCCCGGCAUGUUCCCUCAUCUCAAGACGCGGAAGCCGAGAGCUGGGGCCAACACCAACACCAACACGAAAGAUACCACCCACGUCCGUGGGGCCAUUGACAUCGUUAAGGGACUUGAGCAGAAGCGCCAGCGGCGCAAGGAAAAGUACUUUCAAAAGUAUUAUAACCGUGCUCGUAAGGAGAAAGCACAUGCAAAGCGGCCACCUCCGGGACAGGGGGCUUCGCGCAUGAAGGAGCUUGGCCUCCUCAUUGCCGGCAAGGCUGGACCUGGGAAUUAUGUACUUUCUAUCUAA